AUGGUGCCGGUCUCCGCCCUUUACCUGCCGCGUCGCUCGCAGCUCGCCGACGUCCACCCUCCGCCUCCUACCGCUACGCCACCAACUGCCCACAUCUCGGGCCGUGCCGCCCGGAACGCGGCCGUAGCGAGAAGACCGACGCCGCUGCGUCCAAAGUGUGUGGGCGUUGUGGGUUUGAUGGCCUCCUUGCCGACGGCAUCGCAGUACCGCUUGCUCAUCAACAGUGUGCUCUUGACCAUGCCUGCGGCGCUUGGCCACCUCGCCCGCCGGCCCACGCCCUCGACGUACUCUGUCACCCGCGCCAUCUCGCACCUUCCACACCACCGUGCCCGCAAGGACAUAGCAGCACUGCAGCCCGAGGAGUGGCGUGGGGCGGCGCAGCAGGCAGCACUGAAGAAAGCUCGAAUACCACAUUCUCAAUAA